UCUGAUGUACCCGGUGAUCACUGAUCUCGACUGUCUAGCCUCAGAUAUUAUAGAUAAUAAAGUUGAUUAUCUAAUAUCUAUUUCUGUGUCAGUUGCUAUCUUGAUUCUCGUUCGCUGUAAACUACUAAGAAAUUAAGAGUUUUUUUUAUUCGUGCUACAGUACAAACCCGGCUUAUAGCUAUCACCAGAUUGGUACUAAUGACUGAAUAGUAAAUAGUAAAUUCUAAAACUAAAAACUCAAUAAAUAAUUUUCCAUGUCCUCCUUAUCGGCAUCUGACUCGGUUUUGGUGAAAGAACUAUUUGUUUCAUCAAAAACACCAGUACAGGAACUUGAAAAAAUGUUGGCAGUUUUUGACUUUGAUCAAACAAUAGUUGAUGGAAAUUCUGAUGUAGUUGCUAUUGAUUUAAUAAAUCCUACAAAUCUUAUUCCAGACAGAAAAGAUUUUCCAAAAAAUUGGACUCAAUAUAUGCAACGAGUAUUUGAUAUAAUAAAAACUAUUAAAAUUCCAGCUGAACAAAUAAUUGAUGUUGUAUCCUUGAUGAGACCCAAUGAUGGUAUGCCAAAGUUAAUGAGAGCACUUCAUGAAAAUAAUUUUGAUAUCAUAGUGGCAUCCGAUUCAAAUUCAUUAUUUAUCUACAACUGGUUAAAAUACAAUGAGUUGUUAGAUGUAGUUUCAUGUAUUUAUACAAAUCCAGCAACAGUUGUAGAUAACGCCAUUAAAAUUGAACCUUACUCUGUUCAAACCAAAUGUGACUGGUGUACUACAAAUAUGUGUAAAGGAGCAAUUGUGGAAGAACAUAUAUUAAAUAAGAAUCAAAAAUAUGAUAAAAUAUUAUAUUUUGGUGAUGGUCACAAUGACUUGUGUCCAAUUUUGAAAUUAACUAAAAAUGAUAUUGCAUUUCCGAGAUUGGGUUACAUUUUGGAAAAUUUGCUGAAGUCUCACUCAACACCAGCAGAAGUAAUGCCAUGGUGUACAGGUGAAAAUAUUUAUGAAUUCUUAAAGUCUUCCAAGUUAAUUUCAGCUUAGAACAAUAAAUAAUAUUGUUUUCCAAUAAUUACUAAUUUAGUUAACUUUUACAAGUACUUAUUAUGAUGUAUAAAUUAUAUUUGUUGUAUUUAUACUUUUUUAUAAUGUAUUUCAAGUAAUAAUAUAAAGUGACUGAUUUUUUCUGGUGUAUUGUGUAUAUACAAAUAACUUGAUAAAUAAUUUCAUUAUGUAUUUAAAAUUUUAAUAUUCAAAGAUUUAACUAAUUUUAUUAAAAUUUGAUAAAUUAAUGGAGAUAGAACUUUUCUAUUGUGUAAAUAAAGGUAUUGGUUGAUCACAUUAAAGAUUCAGAGGAGAUUUUAAUUUACCAGACUAUCAUAAUAUUAAUAGAGAAAUUUAUUUUGACAUCAUGUUAAUAAAUUGUUUUAUUAAAAUUAUCUUUACUAUUCUUGAGCAUAAGUUGAAUGAACUUAACAACUUGAUAGAUCUCUUCUAUAACAAUAUAUGCUUAAAUUGUAAUCAAUGUUUUAUACUAUAUGAAUACAUUUGUGUAAGCAUGUA